ACACCUGUUCUCAAUCAAGUCAUAGUGAAAUGACACAAAUUAUGUCAAACGCUUCUCAACAAUUUAUUUGGACUGCCUUAGCUACAAAAUAAUUAUAGUUUACUUUAAUUUGUGUCCAAAUAUACUCUUGGAAAAUGAGGAACAGGUUUGUUUAAAAUGCCUCUCGGCAAGGAGAAAAGGCUGGGACAACGGUAGUUAAUAACUGAACACGGUGGUAUCAGAGUACUUUAUAAACUUUAGUGACCGCUGUUUCUCCCUGGUCAGCCCUCUGUCAUUGAGAAAACAUAUAUCGCCGACGCCCAAAGUGACUCACAGUCUUGCUUCCACCUGGCUCACCUAACACCGUAGGUUUCUUCCCCUCCCCCGCCUCCCUCUCCUCCCCAGGGGGGUUGAUGCGUAUGCCAGGUCUGACCUACAACAGCAACGGAGUUAAAGACCUCAUCAAUGCAAUGCAGGGAUACCAGUACGCCCCAGAGGAUGCUCUCAUGCACGCCCACGGGCCUCUGCUCGCUCACGACCCGACCGGGACAUUGCUUACGCAGCCCAAAGAAUGGAGUCCUGCGGAGUCUAUGUCUCUCCUGAGCAGCAGUCUGAUUGGUCAGUCCAGCGGAGGUGAUGCUGCUCUCAUGUCCCUCCCCGCUCUUAUGACCAAGCCGUCGGGGCCGUACCUGGACCUGACCCUGCUGUAGGGUCACAAAUUUACAAAGGUCAUGUGACAAUUUGAUAAAUGUCAAAGAUUUGUAAUGUAUUGUUUAGGUUUUUAAAUAGUCUUUUAGAUGUGUUAUUUAUAUCUUUAAGAACAGAAAUUAAUGUAUUUUAUACUAAAAUCAUUGUGGCCUUAGCCAAAAUAGCAGUUGUUUGUCUUAUAUUGCACAUUGCGUAUUUUAAAAGCUUUAUAGAGAUUUUUUUUGAACAUGUUAUAUUAUAAUCGCUAUGAUAUAUUUGCUAGCCAAACUAGAGAAGAAUGACUGUGGAAGUGUGUGUGUGUUUUAGUGUGAAAGAGAUGAAAAUGAGUAUUAUGCAUGGCUGUGUUGAUACGUCUUAAUACUCCACCUGUUUAUGCAAUACAUUUUAUAUGUUUAUACAUGUUUGAUACAGUACACUGUUAUUGUAUUGGAAGCUUUAGUGCAUGAAGAAGUUAGUAGUACAACUUUAAGAUGUUUACAUAAUGCCAAAUAUCAAUGCACUGCUAAUCAAUAAGACUACUAAUGAAUAUAAUAGCAGUAUCUUUGAAUGAUAACAUUUAUGUUACACUGUGAGCUUGUCAGAUAGUCUAAUCCUUGGACCAGGCUUCACUUACAAAAAUGUGACAUCUCGCACUCAUUAGCCCCCUCCUUUCCUUCUUAUGUACCCUGUAUGGGUCUGUUUCCAUGUUGUGUAAUACCAAUGUUGUCUUGCCCUUUGUUUUGGACUCACAUUUGACCAGAGCACAGUCCCAGUUCUCUGUAACCUAACCACAGGGUUACAUUCUUCAAGAGGACUCGUGUCACAAGCUUUCAUCUUACUGAGUGAAUCUCUGAAGAUGCCUCAGUCCAUCACACUUCCCUUGUCUUCUUUCCACCAUCUACGCUGAUGUCUGGGGAUGUAAUGGAGCAAACUGGUUUCCCUGCAGAAAACCCUUCCCACUUUCUCUUGGUAACGAAAUCAUUUGGAGAGUAGAUGGAAAGUUGAAAAAGAAAGGAAAUGAAGGACACCCUCUGACAUGUAUCUUGUGAAUUAAAUUGCCAUUUGUGCCCUGCAAAAUUGCUGUUCGGGCUCCAUGUUGCUGUACACACUUCCUACAGUGGGAAUUUAAAGUCGUGCUCGUCCUGAGCAAUGCUGAAACAACAAUAAACACCACAUGUGAAGUCUG